AUGGGUUGUUUCCACUCCAAAGUAAGAGAAUUCCCAAUGGAAGACCCAUUUGCUCUUGCAUCAGAGACAACUUUCAGUGUCAGUGAUGUUGAAGCAUUAUAUGAGCUUUUUAAGAGCAUCAGCAGGUCCGUCAUUGAUGAUGGGCUAAUAAGCAAGGAAGAAUUUCAAUUGGCAAUUUUCAACAAUAAGAAAAAAGAGAAUCUCUUCACAAGUCGGAUCUUUGAUCUGUUUGAUGUCAAGGGAAGAGGAGUGAUUGACUUUGGUGACUUUGUUAGAGCACUGGAUGUUUUCCACCCAAAUGCACCGAUGCAGGUCAAGAUUGACUUUUCUUUUAGGCUCUACGAUUUAGACAAUACAGGCUUUAUAGAGCGCCAUGAGGUCAAGCACAUGAUAAAUGCACUUCUUUGUGAAUCUGAAAUUAAGUUGUCGGAUGAAAUGAUAGAAACAAUCAUUAACAAGACUUUCUUGGAUGCUGACCCGAAUCAAGAUGGAAAAAUAGAUAAAUCUGAGUGGGAACACUUCGUUUCUGAAAAUCCUUCUCUGUUAAAAGUCAUGACACUACCCUACUUGAGGGAUAUUACAACUGCUUUCCCAAGUUUUGUGUUUCACUCGAAGGUGGAGGAUGAAAUUUCUGAAUAA